AUGCAGGAAAAGGUUGUGGUUCUUGCCCUCUAUGAGGCCUUGAACGCUCGAGACGUCGACACCGUUCACAAAAUCCUUGCCGGCGACCUCGAAUGGUGGUUCCACGGUCCCCCGACUCACCAGUUUUUGAUGAGUCUUCUCACCGGAGCUUCCUCCGACGAUUAUUUCCGUUUUGAAUUUGACCCCCUCUCGGUUACCACCUUCGGAUCCAUCGUCAUCGUCGAAGGUUGCGAUAACAGCCGUUCAACCUCCUGGGUUCACGCUUGGACCGUGGUGGAUGGGAUAAUCACCCAAGUGAGGGAGUACUUGAACACUUCUCUUACCGUUGCCCGACUCGGAAACUCAACCCCGUCUACACCGUCUGACUACAAUCCGUCGCCAUCGUCAUCGGCGGCUGAGGUUACCACGCUGCAUUGCCCUUCUGUAUGGGAGAGCAGCUCUUCCAACAGGGUUGGAAAGUCUGUUCCGGGUAUUGUCCUGGCAAUUUAA